CCAGUACUUUGACGAGCGAUGGAACAAGCACUCCAGGUGGCGGGUUUAUCACCAUAGUGAUUUUCCAUGCAUUUUCUCUUUUCGUGGCGAUUUCAAUGUCAGCAAAUAUAUCUGGAGGUCAUGUAAACCUUGCUAUUACGUUUGGUGCUUUUCUGGGAGGUCACAUUUCCUUGUAUAAAAGUAUUUUGUAUUGGACCGCUCAAUUUCUUGGAUCCGUCACUGCUCUCUUCCUCCUCAAGGUUGCUACAGACGCAUCAUCAUAUGCUCUUAGAGGUGGGGAAACUCCAUGGAAUGCAGUUAUUUUCAUGAUCGUUAUGACCUUUCAACUUGUUUACACAUUUUAUGCAACUACAAUUGACCCCAAAAUAGGUGACAUGGAAUGCAUUGCCCCAAUUUCAAUUGGUUUCGUAGUUGCUGCAAACAACUUGGGUGGUGGACUUCUUUAUGGUGCAGCAAUAAACCCUGCUAUGGCCUUUGGUCAAGCAGUCGAUAGUUGGAAAUGGAAUAGUCACUGGAUUUAUUGGCUCGGUCCAUUCGUGGGUGCUGCUAUUGCUGCUUUGGUCUAUGAAACCAUCUUCAUUGAUUCUCAGAACGCUCACGAGCAAGUCCCUGCAAAAAGAGUUGAAAAAGA